UCUAAGUCUGAUCACUCAUUAUUCACUAAACGAAUUGGUACAUCUUUCACUGCACUUCUUGUCUAUGUGGAUGACAUUGUGUUGGCAGGAAAUUCCUUGGAAGAAAUCAAUUCUAUCAAAGAGCUUCUACAUAAUAAAUUUCGCAUAAAAGAUCUUGGUGAACUCAAGUACUUUCUCGGCCUUGAAGUGGCUAGGUCUAAAAAGGGAAUUCACUUGUGCCAGAGAAAAUAUACUUUAGACAUUCUUGAAGAAACAGGAAUGGAGGGAUGCAAACCCUCUACUACUCCCUUUCUCAGAGACACUAGUCCAUUAUACAAAUUGGACAGCCAACUUGAUGACCCUGGACCCUACAGAAGAUUGAUAGGGAAGUUACUCUACCUUACCAACACUAGACCUGACCUAUGCUAUACUAUUAACUUACUAAGCCAAUUUAUGCAAUUUCCUACAGAACACCAUUAUAGAGCUGCUCAGCAUGUGCUCAGAUACCUCAAAUCUACUCCUAAUGAAGGAUUGUUUUUCGCCGCUGACUCUCCUAUGCACCUGAAAAGUUUCAGUGACUCUGAUUGGGCUAGUUGUCUUAACACUAGAAGAUCAACUACAGGAUUUUGUGUUUUCAUUGGGACAUCUCUCAUUUCCUUGAAGUCUAAGAAACAGAAGACUGUUUCCAGAUCAUCUACUGAGGCCGAAUACCGAGCUCUAGCUGCUACUGUAUGUGAAAUACAGUGGCUCCACUAUUUGCUUAAAGACCUUCAAAUUGAAGAAUCUGGAGUGCCUAUCCUAUAUUGUGACAACAAGUCUGCUCGCCACAUUGCUCAUAACCAGAGCUUUCACGAACGGACCAAGCACAUUGAGCUUGAUUGUCACGUUGUUCGUGAAAAGAUCCAGGAAGGGCUACUUCAUCUUCUUCCUGUACGAUCCGAUGAACAGCUGGCCGACGUCUUCACCAAAUUUCCGCAUCGCGUCAACUUCAAACAUAUCAUUCCCAAGCUUGGACUGGUCAAUAUACAUAGUCCAGCUUGA